AUGGAGCAAUCUCAUAAUCCAAAAAAUCCUAUUGAUUUAAAAAAUCAUAGAACCGAGAUAUAAUAAGGAUGUAAUAUCUUAUUAAAAUAAUUCAAAAACUUUUAAUUUAGUUAUAACAUAGUGGCCAUUUAGCAAAGGUUCUUAAAAUAUGCAGAAUAAAACUAAAGAUACUAGCAGCUCUAAGUAGACUCAAAUAAGGUAUAAAUAGAUUCAUUAUAUUAGAACAGUAAUAAAGAGAAAGAUGAUGUUGGAACAAUUAUUAUUAUUAUAAGUAUUAUAUAUAUCUAUAAGAAUAUCUAUAAGAAUAUUUAUUUUGAUUUUUUUUUAAUUAAUAAAGAAGAAAUAAACUCCAUUUAUGACCAUUAUUUAAUUAAGGGCAAAUCACCAAAAAUGGACCUGCAUGCUUUGAAAAUAGUGUUUUAAACUUCUCAUCCUUUUUCUCUUUUUAUUUUUUAUUUAAUGAUUAUAUAUGGGUUAAAGAUACCCUAAGAGAUGAAGAGUUUCUCAUAUAGACCUAUAACAAAUUACGGAACAUAAUGUAUAUUUAAUAGGAGUUUAUAUAUUAUAAUAAAAAUGAGGCUGCUAAUUAAUUUAGAUCAAAUUUGUCUAGAUUGA